CAUUUAACGCAUCCAGUUAUAUAUCAGUUUUUGUGGCUGGUAGUUUCCUCCUCUUGGCCUUCUAACCUUAACCAUGGGGGACUCUUCGGGGGGCGAGGGCCCCCCGACGGUUAGUGCUGCACAAGAAAAUGACAGUUUACCCAAUGAUUCUCAAAAUCGUCCGUUGAACGCCAUUAUUUGUAACAUUUUGCCACCGGAUUGCAAAAAAACUGCUGAAGAUAUUUCCAGGCUACAGUAUUUUGAUGUGCCCUCAGGUGAAGAGUUGUCAAAGUUAUCGGCAGAGAUCCAGAUUAUCAAGAAUCAGUUCGAGCAAGACGCUGAAAUCCUGCGGGAAGUUGCCAAAAUCUCCGCAAACAUAAGAAGGACAGUAAAUCGGAAAACAAAAUAUGAAAUCACCGAUCAGGGGCCUUUUAUGGUGAUUCUGGAGAGGAUUACAAGUAAGGUGGGGACUCUUCAUCCUAUGAACUUUGGGAAGUUACUUCAAGCGCAGAAAGUUCAAGGUAUAUUGAAAAUUUCUAGAAAAGGAGCCAAUAAAAUCGGUUUGGAGUUUAACACCUCUGAGUCUGCAAAUAAAUUUUUAUCUAAUGAAUCAUAUUCGACAGCUGGUGGGUAUAAUAAGUAUAUACCUCAAAGACUAGUCACUUGCCGAGGGUUGGUGAGGGACAUUGGUGACUUAAUUGAUGAGGAUGAUUUUUACUCUGAGGCAGAAGCCAAGGUUAACAUCGGAAGAUCGCUAAAGCGCGUUAAGAUUGUUAAUGUUCGCAGACUAACUAAAAGGGUCAAAUGCCCAGGUGUUCUGCCUGGCACUUUUGGUUUCAAGACAGUUCCAUCUAAUGAUUAUAUAAUAACAUUUGAGGGUAAAACUCUUCCAGAAUCAAUCUGUAUCUAUAAAAAUGAGUGUUCAAUCGAAAAAUAUGUUAGUCCUGUUGUCUUAUGUAUGAAUUGUUGCAGGUUUGGUCAUUGGAAAAACCAAUGUAAAAGCAAGGGUAGAUGUAGUUUCUGCGCUGGAGAUCAUCCAGUAUUUCAUUGUGAACUGAAAGAACAGUUUUAUAAGAAGAAAUGCAGCCUGGGUAAUUGCGAAAUAUCUCCAAAGCCAACUUGCAUCCACUGUGAAGGCUCUCAUCAGGCCACUGAUAGAUCAUGUCCGGAAAUGGACAGACAGAAGAAAAUCAAUGAGGCUAUGGCAUGGUACAACCUAUCCUUUUUUGAAGCGGCUAAACUCUUUCCAAGAGGCCCCAAAUCAAUUAGAAUUUCAAAAGAAGAACUCCUUCGCUGGAGAAGAUCCGAAAACUCUCGACAUUUAGAACUUCUGAGAUUAGUCUCCUUCGCUGGAGAAGAUCCGAAAAUCCUCGACAUUUGGAACUUUAAAGUUUAGUCUCCUUCGCUGGAGAAGAUCUGACAAUCCUCGACAUUUGGAACUUCAAAAAUCAGUCUUCUUCGCCAGAGAAGAUACGAAAAUCCUCGACAUUUAGAACUUCAAAAUUCUGUCUCCUUGCUGGAGAAGAUCCGAGAAUCCUCGACGGAAGUCGGCAAUGGGCGAAUGAUCCUGGUAGUCGUGCCCAACAGCUAUCUGUGAAACGCAUCAUUGAAUUGAAUUGAAUGACGUCACCUGACUAACUUCAAACAGGUUUCUUUAUUUGUAUGGGAUAAUUUGUUUUGAUCUUUAAUACUGUCAUUUUCGCGUUAUUGCAAUAUAUUUCAGCAAUGGUGAACUUAUCGACUAAAUUCCAAACAGAUUUAUUUCCAAACAUUACGUUUUUGAGUAUAAUAAAACGUUUUUUUUUUAAAUUAGAUAUCUUGUAAAGUAAUUAAAUGAAUUUCAACAAUAAAAAUGAUGUUAAAAGAAUCUGCGAAAUAUUUUUAUGAAUUUUUUCAUGCUGUAAUUCUAAAUCACUUGGAGUAACCUAUUAGG